AUGUAAAUCUAAAUUCAUGAUCUUAGUUUGUAAUUAUUCUCAAAAAUCACCAUAAGAAUCAAUUUUAUUAAAUAUUUUUAAGCUGAAUAAAUCUCUAUAAAUAACAAAGUGAUCAAAUUCUUCUUUAAAUCUAUAAAGAAGUAAAUAGGAGAAAGUUUAUAAAACUCCAAAUUAUAAAAGCUACUUAUCAUAUUAUUAUUUUAUAUCAGAAUUCUUUUGAAUAAAAUUAUUUAAAUGUUGAGUAGAUUUCAAAGUUAAUAGUAAAACCCUCAAAAUAAUUAGUAGGAUAAUAACAUUUCAUUUAUCUCAUAUGAAAAUGAGAGAGUAGCUGUAAGAAGAAAUUUUUUGGAAAACCUUAAGGUGUCUCUUCACGAAUCGUUUGUUACUAAUAUAGGAUUAGUUUGCCUUUCUAGUUUGAAAAUUACAGCAAUCAUUUUAGUUUUUAUCUUAGAAAAAAUACCAAAACUUGAAAACGGAAACCAAGAUUUUUAAAUAAAUGAGAAGCAAUUAUAAGGAGUGUAUGAGAUUAAGCUGUGGCUAAUAUUUAUGAUUGCAUAUGAUGGACUGAAUAUAUUUUACUUAUUUUAUACAAUUUACAUAAUUGGUAAAUACAAUAAAGCUGCUUAUAGGAGAGGGUAAGGAGAAAAUUCCUUAUAAGAUGGAUAAAUAAUUUAUAAUGAUCAGCAGAGCUCUGCAUAUUUGCAAACUAAUUAGAUGAUACAAUCGUAAAUAAGUCUUGAUAUGGAAUAAAAUUUAUAUUAAAAUGGUCAAAAUGAUAUGAUUAAUGAACCUUUAAAUGAGUACUACUAUCAAUAAUAUAGCUCGCCUUUAUCAAUUAACCACCAAAUAAACUUUUUAGAAUUAGCAAGUAAUAGGAAUAAAGUAUUAAAGUACAGCUCUCUAGCAACAAAAAUAUCUUACUUAGUCUUGUUCUUAUUGGGAAACUAUUUUGCAUAUAUUAAUAAAAGCUGUUCUAGUUAGUUCCCUUACCAUUAUUAUCUACUCUUAUGGCUUGUGGCACUAGGAUAUUUUUCAUUUGGAAUAUAAAUUUUACUCUUGCUUUCAAUCUGUUUGUGCUUUCCAUUAACAUUAUUCCUUUAUGUUUUGAUGAGAAAUAGAACUAACUCUUCAAUUCCGGCAAACAAUGAAAUUAUAAAAAGACUAUAACCAUAAAAAUACAAAGACAAAAUAAACAAUUCAGAAUUUGAUACAUAAAAAGAAUGUUGCAUUUGUCUGGUAGAUUAUUAAUCUGACGAUUUAAUCAUAAGUUUACCUUGCAGUAAAUUGCAUCAUUAUCAUUAUGAUUGUGUUGUUAAGUGGUUAAAUAUCAGUGGAGUCUGUCCUAUAUGCAAGAAACCUUUGGAGUAAUAUGUUUAAGAAUUAGAAGAAGUAAAGCAAAACUACCAAUUCUAUUGA